AUGGAUCAGUCCAACAACUUAUUCAGAUUCAAUAUUGCCCUGUUGAGAUUGCCGAAGUCGGCAAAAUUGAGAUCAUUUGGAGUAUAUUUGGCGGGAGCGCUCUAUGCUAUUGGCUUUUGGUCUAUCAUAGAUGCCUCUAUAUACUCGAAAACUGUGAAUGCGUCAAUAGUACAUAUUACGUUUGUUGAUUGGAUUCCAUUUAUAUGCUCCACUUUGGGUAUGCUUAUUGUCAAUUCAAUUGAAAAAGCAAAUCUAUUUAAUGACACAAGUAAUUCAUUUUUAAGCAAUGGCAAUAGUAAUGCUUGGGCUGCGAGAGUUAUUCUAUUCUUUGGGUUCUCUUUAUUGGCUGGUGGCCUUGCUGGAUCGUUCAUGGUAUUUAUACUUAAAUUCCUUUUAAAACAUUAUCAGUUCCCAACGUUGGGAAUGGGAGUUUCGAACAUUGUGUGCAAUGUAUGUAUAAUGUUCAGUUGCAUUGUAUUAUGGUUAUCCCAAAACAUUGAAGAUGAGUAUAGUUACAGUUUAGCUCUUUAG